AUGGAUUCGUUGCUGUUCCUCCUAGCCUUCUCUCUGCUCGAGGGCUACCUUUUGCAGCGGUCGGUCCUUCUGGAUGCUUCCUUUCGCACCCUCUGUCUAGCCUCCUUCGGCCUAAAUAUGGUCCUCCUGGGGAUCUGGAAUGUCCUCAUCUACCCUUUCUUUGUGACACCUUUGCGUCACCUGCCUACUUUGGGAGGCAAUUUCAAUCACGCCCGCAUCAUCUUUGACGACCCACGCGGUCGCCUGCCACUGCAAUGGAUGAAAACCAUUCCUAACGAAGGUCUCAUCCAUUUUCGCGAUGUCCUUAACAGGAGUCACUUGUUGGUCACCAACCAUCAGGCCCUGCUGGACAUCAUGAGCACGCACACGUACGACUUCGAGAAGCCCUGGCGCGCCCGUGACUUCCUGGCCCGUAUCAUCGGUUUCGGUCUGAUCUUAUCCGAGGGCGGUGCCCAUAAGAAGCAACGCAAGGCGCUGACCCCGUCCUUCCACGUCAAGAAUAUUCGCGCCCUGUACUCGCUGAUGUGGGAGAAGACGGGCAUGCUAAUGGACGAGCUGGAGAACGAGAUGCGACUAAAUCCGAUGGAGGGGGUCAAUCCUGACAGUGGCGAAGGAAAGAUCGAGAUGAGUGUGUGGGCCAGCCGUCUUACCCUCGACAUUAUCGGCCCCGCCGCCAUGGGCCGUGAUUUUCGCUCCCUGCAGAACCCCGAGAACAAGGUCGCUGACAGCUUCCUGGCCAUCUUGGAGCCCACCCGGGAGAAAAUGGCCUUUCUGGCCGUCAAUUUUGUGCUGCCGCAGUGGUUCGCCCGCCGUAUUCCUUGGCGCCUGAAUCGCGUUGUCGCUCAGGAAACUGGGUUUCUGCGCAAUCUCUGCAAGGACAUCGUGCAUGAAAAGCGCGCCGCUAUGACGGCCAGUGGCGCCACGGCGAAGGAGCUUGAGGCCGAUAUCCUAGGCUCGAUGAUGCUUGGUGGCGACUUCACGGACGACGAGCUGGUCGAUCAGAUGUUGACAUUCUUGGCGGCCGGUCACGAAACCACCGCCAGCGCCUUCACCUGGGCUUGCUACCUGCUCACCCUGAAUCCGGAAAUUCAAGAUCGGCUGCGCGAUGAAAUCCGCGAAAAGAUCCCCUCGGGGUCCCACCCCAUCACCUGGUCAGAAUUGGAAUCCAUGCCCCUGCUCAACGGCGUUUGCCAGGAAGUUCUACGCCUGUAUCCGACGGUACCGGUGACGCUGCGCGAAUCCAUUCGCGACACUACCUUGGCAGGUAAACACGUCCCCAAAGGCACGCGCAUCAUCCUCUGUCCUUACGCCACCAACCGGUCGCCGGAGUUCUGGGGCGAUGACGGUGAGACGUUCCGGCCCGAUCGCUGGAUCGAUACGGACAAGAACGGCAACAGUACCGUCAAUCAUACGGGCGGCGCGUCGACCAACUUCGCCCAGAUCACUUUCUUGCAUGGUCAGCGCGCGUGUAUAGGCAAAGACUUUGCUCGCGCGGAGUUGCGCUGCGCGGUGGCGGGCGUUGUGGGUAGGUUCCGGUUCGAGAUGCAGGAUCCCAAGCAGACGAUUCAUAUCGCCGGCGCGGUAACUACGAAGCCCGUCGAGGGUAUGCAUUUGAGAAUGAAAAGAGUGGAUUGGUGGUGA